UACGUCAUAACAUGUUUUGCAACGCUGUGAAAAUAUUUAUUACGCCGAAAAACGACAUCUGUCCUAUUACGCACUUACGAUAAAACGUUAACGACCUUUCUAAGGUUUUUACAACGUGGUUGCGGCGAAGCCUCGCAGAAUACGUAAUGAAUACAGGCUACGUCAGAGACUGUGGGAAGUCAUCUUUCCAAACCAACACCUUUUCCCCACACCAAUUCAGUGAACGGGACCGGGCUGUUAUAUCAGGUACGGAUAAAACAUUUAAGUAGCACACCUUAUUUCCCGAGAGCAAUUUUUGAUGUCUAUUAAGACAAAAAAUUAUUAACGUUUAUCGUAUUUCAAGUUUGAAACACCCUAAUUUUUCUCCUUUUUGAAUUAUUUUCAGGGCUCUCAUUAGAGAUGGCUAACUGGCUGAACUAAAUCCAGCCGCUAACGGAUAUUUCUAAGCAGUUUUCAUGGAAUUGUUAACCUGGAUUCACGGAUUGCGAAUAAUGAAGACGUCUGAGAUUAAGUGGGGCGCUUUUAACGGAGCGACCGAGACUAACGGGACGCGCGCGGAGAAAGUUCAGCACGUGCUCCAGCCAUUCUCAUCCACUGUCGCUCUUCUGGUGCUGGGAAUGGUCAUUAUAGGGGUUAUAUUACUGUCACUGAUCACCUACCACUUUCACAAAAGCAAGAUGAAGAAGAGGAAGAUGCUGAGGGCACAGGAGGAAUAUGAGCGGGAUAACUGUGGCUCCUCUAUCCCGGUCAGAGUGAAGCCCGCGCUGAGCCGCUCCGUGGUCGCUCGCCCCGCUCCACCGCAUCAACCGCCGACAAACACUGACGCUAAACACCGCGAGGGAGUCGUUUUGGAAGGGGUUACUGGCUCCUCGUAACGGGACGAAUGAGGUCUUUCUCAUUUCUGUGUCUUUGUAAAUAUGUAAGAUGAGUAGGCAUCUAUAAUCGCGUUGUUCACAUUGGGAGAUGUGAUUGGCCUUUCCUACGAUCAUCGUAUGGUGGACUUUACAAAGUAAACUAAAUAAUGACUGUCCUUUAAUUUAAUAACAGCUGAGUACGAAUGCGUUAUAAGUGAAAAUCAGUGGAUGGUGAAACACAACAGUGGGCCAGUGCUUGAAAGGAAUGGGGAUUUGGGGUUCUCUCUAGAUGCUGUCCAAG